AUGGGGUGGCCAAAUUCAUGCUCGCACACCUGGGGCAUGGAGGAUCUUGGGACACAGGCCAGGGUGUCCCACUACUACCUCCCGGUGUAUGCCUGGAUCCAGGACCAGCUCAAGCAGCACAGGGACGCAGGGGAGAGGGGCCCACUGGUCGUGGGCAUCUCUGCUCCCCAGGGCUGCGGCAAGUCUACGCUCUGCGAGGAGCUACACGCUGCCUUUGAGGAGCAGGGACUGAAGGCCGUGGGUGUCUCCAUCGACGACUUUUACCUCACCCACACCGAGCUGCAGAGAGUGAGCGGCGAGCACCCGGGCAACAGGCUGCUGGAGAAGCGAGGCAAUGCGCUGACGCAUGACCUGGAGCUGGGGACCGCCACGCUGCGUGCGCUGAGCUCUGCUGCUGGAAGCGAUGCUCGGACGCGCGUGCCGCGCUACGACAAGUCCGCGCACGCCGGGCGCGGCGACCGCUUCCCCGAGGACCAGUGGGCGGCGGUAGAGGGCCCGGUCGACCUGGUCCUCUUCGAAGGCUGGAUGCUGGGGUUUCAGGCCACCGAUGAGGAGGCUGCGGCUGCGAUAGACCCAGACCUCGUGCCCAUCAAUCGCGCCCUGCGCAGGUACAAGGAUGCAUGGGAUAUGUAUGUGCACUCCUGGAUCGUCAUCCAGGUGGCCGACUUUGUGAGCUGUUACAUGCCGGCCUACCGUCUGUACCUGCCCAGCCUGUACAAGGACGGCCCCACCACAGCAAGAAAGGGCCACACACUGGUGGUUGAGAUUGACCAGUCCCGCGUCCCCAUCACCGACCUCUCCGGCCUCCUGCCGGAUGCCUGA